AUGGAAAUGUGUGAGCGGAAUCCUCUAAACCCCAGCUAUGUUGGUUCUCUUCUGAAUUUGACUUCCCCUGAGUCGCUGUAUUUCUCCAACCUGCGGGGUAAUGGAGCCCACAUACCCGGGCUGCACCACCUCCCUUACAACAGGAGAGAUGUGUGCACGCUCCCAUGGACUUCCUCGAGUGCGUGCACGUCUGGACCAGCGGCACCACCGCCACAGAGUCGCGCCUUCGGAGGCUACUGUCCACCUUUUCUGUCCAACCCGGUGUCUAUAAAUACCAGCUCGUCCAGUGGCCACGUCAAGGCGCAUCUGGAGGAGUCGGCCCGAUGCUUCCAGGUGGCGCACCACAAGGCGGAGGAGUCCGGGAGGCGAGAGGAGCUUUACGCCGGGGUGCUCGGGGCCGCCGGUGACCGCGGCUACUCGGACCCGGACAGUCGGUCUCGCAGUUCCGCAGCCCAGCUGGAUCCGGAUUCGGGGGAUCCGCUGAAUGUGAACGACACCAAAAGGGAGCAGAAUCCCAUUCAGCCAUCAGCUAGUCACACAUGCUCCAGGACGACUUUUGCAGAAGCUGCCCCGUGGUGCUCGUCACAAGUGAAAACCAGGAAGAAGAGAAAACCUUACACGAAGCUGCAGCUGGCUGAACUUGAGAAUGAAUUUAUGAUGAAUGAAUUCAUAAAUAGACAGAAACGGAAGGAGCUGUCAGAAAGACUGGACCUGAGUGACCAACAAGUGAAAAUAUGGUUUCAGAACCGGAGGAUGAAGAAGAAACGACUGAUGAUGCGCGAGCAUGCUUUCUGCGCGUACUGA